GUCAUCACGACAAAGAUUGAAGAUUGAAGAUUAUUUUGGUGUCUGCUAAAGAAAACAAGGCUUAUAAAGCUUUAGCAUUUAACUAAUUAUGUAUAAGAAGGGACCACUGGUAUUUUAUGUAAAUGGUAAAAAGGUACAAGAUCCUGAUCCUGAUCCAGGUUAUACAUUACUGUACUACCUCAGAAAGAAAUUAUGUUUGACCGGGACAAAGCUUGGUUGUGGAGAAGGGGGGUGUGGUGCAUGUACUGUCAUGAUAUCAAAAUAUCUACCUGACACAAAAACUGUCAAACAUUUUUCUGCCAAUGCUUGCCUUAUACCACUAUGUUCUCUACUUGGAAUGGCAGUCACUACCGUGGAAGGAAUUGGCAGCAUACAGAAUGGACUACACCCAGUACAGGAGAGAAUAGCCAAGUCACAUGGAUCACAGUGUGGGUUCUGUACUCCAGGUAUUGUCAUGUCCAUGUACACACUGCUGAGAAAUAAUCCACAACCUACUGGAGCAGAAAUGGAAAAUGCAUUUGAAGGAAAUUUAUGUAGAUGUACUGGCUACAGACCAAUACUGGAAGGAUUUAAAUCAUUUACAAAGGAGUUUUGCCAGAUGGGAGAAAAUUGUUGUAAAAAUACAGGAAAAUGUGCUAAUGGUGUUAUAGAAAAUGGAACAGAGAAUGGACAGACAAGUGAAUAUCUACCAUUAAAUUCAACACAGGAUCCUAUUUUCCCUCCAGAAUUACGGACUGACCAAUUUGAUGUAGAAAAUAUUUACUUCAAAGGAGAGAAGGUAGAAUGGUACAGACCAACAACACUUAAACAACUACUAGACUUAAAAGCUAAACACCCUCAAUCCAAACUUGUCAUAGGAAAUACAGAAGUUGGAUUAGAAGUAAAGUUGAAGAAUAUGAAUUACCCAGUAAUAAUUUCCUGUACUCACAUAGCAGAACUCAACCAAAUUACACGACUAGAUAAUGGGGUCAAGUUUGGGUCAUCUGUAACUUUAAGUGAUAUAGAGAAUACCUUAAAGAUACUAAUAGAGGAGUUGCCAGAUUACCAGACCAGAGUUUUCAAAGCUAUUGUUGAAAUAUUACGAUGGUUUGCUGGACACCAAAUCAGGAAUGUGGCUGCUGUUGGAGGGAACAUAAUCACAGCUAGUCCUAUAUCAGAUUUAAACCCACUUUUUCUUGCUGCUGGUGCUUUCCUCGAGGUUGAAUCUGCAGAUGGUUCAAAGAGAAACAUUACAAUGGAUGAUAAGUUUUUCCCGGGAUACAGAAAGACAGCUUUAAAAUCAGAUGAAGUUUUACUCAAUGUUACUGUACCAUUUACUAGGAAAAAUGAAUUCUUUGGAGGCUACAAACAAGCAAAUAGAAGGGAAGAUGAUAUAGCUAUAGUCAAUGCUGGCUUCAGAGUUUUGUUUGAGGACAAUACUAAUGUCAUUAAGGAGAUGGCCAUGGCCUUUGGAGGAAUGGCACACACGACAGUAAUGGCUGUCAAGACUAUGAAGGAAGCGGUUGGAAGGAAGUGGGAUGAGAGUUUAAUAGAAGAUGUCUGUCGACUAAUGGCUGAUGACCUUCAGUUGACCCCUGGUGCUCCUGGUGGGAUGGUAGAAUACAGACGAACACUUACAACAAGCUUUUUCUUCAAGUUUUAUUUGACAACACAAUUACAACUUCAACAACAGAAGUCAGGACCAAGUAAGAAAGUGCCAAAGUCGUUUACCAGUGCCACACCUAAUUUCCAUCGAGAUCCUAGUAAAGGUUCACAAAUAUACGAAGAAGUGGCCCCUGGGCAACCACCACAAGAUGCUGUUGGACGACCUUUGAUCCAUUUGUCUGCCAUGAAACAGGCCACAGGAGAAGCUAUUUAUGUGGAUGAUAUGCCAUCAUUGGAAGGAGAGUUAUAUUUAGCCCUAGUUACCAGUACACAGGCUCAUGCUAAAUUACUGAAGGUUGAUCCGACUAAGGCAUUGUCAAUGACAGGAGUUGUUGAUUUCAUUUCUCAUAAAGAUGUCCCAGGAAAUAAUACUUGGGGAAUUAUUCCUGAGGGGGAAAUUAUCCCUGAGGAGUCAUUUGCUUCCACUGAGGUGUUGUGUAUUGGACAUAUAAUUGGAGCUGUAGUAGCUGAUACACAAGCUCACGCCCAGGCUGCUGCUAAAGCUGUCGAUAUUGAAUAUGAAAAACUUGACAGUAUAAUAACCAUUAAGGAAGCUAUAGCCAAAAAUUCUUACUGGACUGCAUCUAAAACUAUUAAUUGUGGAGACAUUGUGAAAGGAUUUGAACAAGUAGAUCAUGUGAUAGAAGGAGAGGUACACGUAGGGGGACAGGAACACUUUUAUCUGGAGACAAAUGCCACCCUGGCUGUACCUAAGAAUGAAGACGGGGAAAUGGAAUUAUUUGUGUCAACACAAAACCCAACAGAUACACAGUUGGUAGUUGCUGAAACCUUAGGUGUAGCUGCAAAUAAAAUCCUUGUUAGAGUCAAAAGAUUAGGUGGAGCAUUUGGAGGAAAGGAAACCAGAUCAAUAUGCCUGAGUACCCCUGUGGCUUUAGCCGCUUUUAAGCUAAAAAAACCAGUGCGUUGUAUGUUAGACCGAGAUGAAGAUAUGUUGAUAUCAGGGACCAGACAUCCAUUCCUAGGACAAUAUAAGGUUGGAUUUACAAAGGAAGGUAAAGUUGUUGCUGCGGAAGUGAAUCUGUAUAACAAUGCUGGUUGUACAUUUGAUUGUUCAGGAGCUGUAUUAGACCGAGGUUUGUAUCACUUAGACAAUGCCUAUAAGAUUGUUAAUUUGAAAGCGGUUGGCAGGACGUGUAAGACCAAUAUACCGUCAAAUACUGCAUUCAGAGGUUUUGGUGGACCACAGGGAAUGCUUGUUGCAGAAACAUUCAUAGAUGAAGUAGCUACCUAUCUAAAUGUUUGCCCAAGUCGGGUUCGUAAAUUAAACAUGUACAACGAAGGAGAUCUGACCCACUUUGGACAGGUAAUAGAACAGUGCAACGUAAGAAAAUGUUGGGAGGAAUGCAAAGACAGAAGUGAAUUUGUAAAGAGAAAAAGAGAUGUGGAAAUAUUCAAUAGUGAAAACCGAUGGAAGAAAAGAGGGAUCUGCAUGAUUCCUACAAAAUUUGGUAUUGCUUAUACAGCCACUUUCUUAAAUCAGGCAGGAGCUUUAGUUAUGGUGUACAGAGAUGGGUCAGUAUUGGUCACUCACGGGGGUGUUGAGAUGGGACAAGGACUCCACACUAAAAUGAUACAGGUUGCUAGUAGAGUUUUAAAAAUUCCAACUUCAAAAAUACACAUCAGUGAGACUAGUACUAACACUGUUCCUAAUACUUCCGCCACAGCAGCUAGUGCAAGCUCUGAUCUUAAUGGAAUGGCUGUUAAGGUUGCCUGCCAGACAAUCUUAGAAAGAAUAGAACCCUAUAUCAAUGCCAAUCCUAAAGGGACCUGGGAAGAUUGGGUGAAUUCAGCCUACUUUGACAGAGUGAGUUUAUCAUCCACAGGAUUUUAUAGAACACCUGGUAUAACAGAAUUUGAUUUUGAAAAACAGGAAGGACGACCAUUUAAUUAUUUCGCUUUUGGUGCUAGCUGUUCAGAAGUUGAAAUAGAUUGUUUAACUGGAGACCACCAGGUAUUAAGAACAGAUAUUGUAAUGGACGUUGGUUGUAGUUUGAACCCUGCUAUAGAUAUAGGACAGAUUGAAGGAGGCUUUAUGCAGGGAUAUGGUAUGAUGUUACUAGAACAACAGAAGAUAUCACCUGAUGGUUUCCUGUUUACCAGAGGCCCAUCGAACUAUAAGAUACCAGGCUUUGGAGAUAUUCCAGUAGAAUUUAAUGUAUCUCUACUCAAAGACAGUAUCAAUCAAAAAGCAGUAUAUUCUUCAAAGGCCAUUGGAGAACCACCGUUAUUUUUAUCAGCAGCAGUAUUUUUUGCUGUCAAAGAUGCUAUUAGAUCUGCUAGAGUUGAUUCCAAACAAGACAUCAACUUUACUCUACAUAGCCCGGCUACUGCAGAGAGGAUCCGAAUGGCUUGUAAAGAUCAAUUCACAGAACAGUUUCCAGAACCUGAAGAAGGGAGUUAUAAACCAUGGUUUGUAAAUCUAUGAUGACUGCUAAAUGGUGGAUAUCUGUGGACUCAUUAUAAAACAUGAUUUUAGAAUUCAUAUUAAUGACUUCGAACUGGUAGAUUACUGACUCAUUAUGAACCAGGGUUUAUGAAUCAGUAAUGACUUCUAACUGGUGGAUUACUUUGGACUCAUUUAUGAAUCUAAGAUGCAUAACAACUUUACAUAGAGUUGGAAACUCAUUUUUGUACUGAAGAAUAAUAAUUUUUAAUUGCAUUCUGCUUUCACAAUAUACAGAGCUUUAUAUUAUCAUUCUUAUUUAUGCUUUACUUUUAUUUUAUUAUUGAGAUUUUUAAUCAAUAUUUUAAGGUUGUUAAUCUGUAAUCUGUGUAUGAAAUAAGAAAUGAUCAAUUUGAAAGUUAUUAAAAUAUUGAAAAUAAUUAUUUUUCUGGAAGAUUUUCAAUGUAUGUUUGUUAAUGCCUCAGCCACUCUGUGGAAUUGGACAUAAACUGUUAAAGAUAUUUUUUAUUCUGAAACCAAUUGUUGUCCAGAAUUUUUUUCUGUAAAGCUGUGAAGCCUGUUAAUAUUGAGACGAUUUUUUAGUGUUUUAUAUGGUAUUACAGAUCAAGUUCGUUUUAUAUAUGUCGGAUAUUAUACUUUUUAUGAAUUUGGACUUGGUAUGGUCAACCAUGUUCCUACAGUCAGGGGCAUUAGAAUACAGCUAGCUAUAUAUUUUCUUUUAAAUGGUAUGUGAAGGGAUAAAAAUAAGUGUAGUAUUUAUCUAGACAGUUAUUUUAAUCAAGAAUUGUAUUAAUUGAUAAUAAUAUUAAUUAUAAUUUAUCAUUUUCAGGGACCAUUUAUGCAUUUUUUCCAAGUUAGAUCUAUCUCAAUAUUUUUUAAGGG